UCUUUGUACUUGUUAUUAGUUGUUAUACGUAUAUGUCAAUUAUUUCCCAGUUGUUAUUAGCUAUUCAUUGAUUAUCUACAAUUAAUAUGAAUAUCGUUUUUUAUGGUUUUGAUACGAAUAUGUUGGCGAAGCUGGUUACUUGUUCAAAUAGGAUUAACUAAUUGACUGUUGGUGGGUUUAGGGUUUGAAACCCUUUAAUCGAAUAGUUUUGGUGUUUUGAUGGAAUCUUCAUUAACGGGUUUGUUAGUCCACUAGGUUCCCUUGCGGUGGUUGCAAUGAUUGGGUGUUUACGGGAUUCUUUUGGUUACCAAUGUACUGGAAGGAUCAUUGCUAAGUGUUUUUUCUUCUUAGUUGGGCGGUUGUUGUUAAUGAUGUUUGGAUCUACUUUCUAGAUGACAGCAAUAUUGAGAUGGAGUUUCUGUAUGCCAGGACCCGUGGAUGAAGAGAUCAUAUUCAGGAGCGUAUGGUGAGAUAACAUGGUGGCUAAGAUUAUAUGUCUCGUACUUGCCUUCUGGUAUCACCUGGAUCUGGAAAGACAACCGUCAGAUAUCCUAUGACUCAGAACACUGAUAUGAGACGUGAAUCAGGGACUUGUAAUGUGUGUUCAGCUCCUUGUUCAUCUUGUAUGCAUUUUAACCGAGUUUGCAUGGGGUCAAAGGUUGAGUUCUCUGAUGAAAAUUGCCGUUUAGUGGGGAGUAACCAUUAUUCUAUGGAUGAAGGUGAUAUAUCUUCUAUUAGGAGCAGGGCUCAUGAAAGCAUUCAGCAUGCUGACGUGCUCAGUGUCAAUUCCAGUCAUGAUUCUCUAUCUGAAAAUGCAGAUAGUAAACUGACUUUGUCAAGUAAGUGUCAGGAGUCUAAGUACCUAGAAGGUCUUGAUGAUAACACUUCUUGUAUUAGUAGAGCCAGUGAGGUUAAUUUAGCAAAUGGUAGCCAUUCCAAGAAUGCAGACAGGAGAAAUGUAUCUUGUAGUUCGGCUUCAGUUAAUAUCUUAGGGGCAGAAGGAUCUGGGAGUGCACAAUCUUUUGACAUGUGUGGCUUACCUGAGAUUCCUCCUUCAAAAGAUGUUGAUACCAUUGAGAGCUCGCCUCAGGUACAAGGCAAUGAUUCAAAGUCUCAAUGUGUCAAGUCUCAUUCAACUAUUCCCAGAUUAAUGGACGUGGAAAGAGAUGCACGUUCUCUUAUUCCAGAAAAACCUGAAUGCUUCACAGAAAAUACUGAUUCACCAUUGAGAACAGUGAUAGCAAAUUCGGUUGUUUCUGGUGAGAAACCUCUUGUUGAUGGUAGCUCCUCAGCUUCAUUAAAAAUAGAUUCCAAGUCAGAAGCUGAUGCUGUCAAUGGAGGCAUUCCAGGUGAAGCUCGUAAUGAUGAAGUCCAAGAUGAGCAGGAUAAAGCUGAGAAACCACUUGAAUCACUUGGCAUGGAGGAUCCUCGAUCUGAAGAUGAGAGUGAUGAAUCAGAUGUUGUUGAGCAUGAUGUAAAAGUUUGUGAUAUCUGUGGAGAUGCUGGUCGAGAAGACCUGCUUGCCAUAUGUAGUAGGUGUAGUGAUGGUGCAGAACACACUUAUUGCAUGCGAGAAAUGCUUAAGAAGGUCCCUGAAGGAGACUGGCAAUGUGAAGAAUGCAAAUUUGCAGAGACAUAUAAUCAGAGGCUAGGUUCAGAUGUUGAAGAAAGAAAAAUUUCAAAAGUUAGUUCAACAUCACAACAUUCUGGCAAGAGGCUGACUGAGAAUAUAGAACCGACUCCUCUAACAAAAAGGCAGGCUCUUGAAUCAAGCUCAGGUUCACCGAAGUCAUCAAGCCCCAAGAGAAUAGUUGCACUUUCUCAAGAAUCUUCAUUAAAGAGCUUAGAUAAAGGUAAAGUGAAGACUGAUAAUCAGAUGCCUAUUCGAAAUCACUCUGGCAGUGAUAACACGGAAACAGCUUGUUCUCCUUCUGCUGGCCCUCGGGGUCUACUUCGAAAGGGUAUGCUGUUGAAAUCUAAUUCAUUCAACGUGUUAAAUUCAAAGCCUCGAGUCAAACCUGUUGAUGAUGUUGUUCCCCAAAAGCUGAAAGGGCCUGGUGAAAAUACUUCUAAGAAUAUGGAGACACCUGCCCGGAUGAUAGGAAAAUCUGUGUCAUUUAAAUCCAUGCAUUUGGGUCGUUCAAGUACAACUGCAUCAAAAGUUAAAUUGCUUUCAUCAAAAUCUGUACCCGCUCAAGAUUUGAAAGGAACAAGGCUUGCAAAAGACUCCAGUGCCUUUGACAAGAAAAGUCUUUCUAGGGUUGAUCGACCAGUGGUUUGCUCAACAACGGCUACCUCUGUUGUUUCAACACCCAAAGGUGACCAGAAGAACUCAACUAUUAGUGAAACUAUUAAAUCUUCAUCAGUUAGCAACAACCGAGACUUGAAGGUGAAUCAAGAUGGAAAAUUAAGUACCUUAUCAAAGUCUAUUAGUAAUGUAGGCCGUAAAGGUGUAGAACCUCAAGUCUGUUCAGGGAGGAUAUAUACCAGUGGUGAUGAAUCUGUACAAGAUGUGCAGCCUCGAUUACGAGAAACAGCUAAUCCAGUUGAGAAAUCCAGAGACACCUCUAGUGACUGUGUGAAGACAGAUGCCAUUGCUACUUCCAAAGGAUGCUGUCAAAAGUGUAAGGAGUCUGGUCAUACUACAGAAUGUUGCACAAUUGGUAAAAUCCAAGAAUCUGGUAAUGAAGUUUCUGUUGCUACCACAAGUAGUUAUAUAGAGGAAAUGCAUAAAAGUGAUAAUGUGAAAGCUGCUCUCCAAGCAGCUUUGCUUAGAAUGCCAGAAAUAUACAAAAAGAAAGAAGUGGCUAAUCAAAUGGAUGAGCUUGGCGCAGACUUGAAAUGUGAAGCCACAACUCAAGACCAAGUAUUGGUUUCUUGCACACCAAAGUAUAGCACAUCUGGUGAAGAAAUUCACGAUGGGCAGGACACUAUUGAGAGCUCUGCAGCUGCAUCUUUGAAAUGCAUAUCUGAUGAAAAGCAGCUUAACUUAAACCAAAAUGAUUCUUGUUCUCAAUUAGGAAACCCAGGUGUUGUUGGCUCUUCCAUUGGAAAGAAUGCUGUGAGAGACUUUCCUAGUCAACCUUUGGCGAUCUCAUGUGUUCUAUCAAAGAUGGCUGUUCCAGAAUAUGAAUGCAUCUGGAAGGGUAUCUUUGAGCUGCAUAGGAGCAGAAAGCCUCCUGACUUGUGUCCUGGACUUCAAGCGCAUUUGUCCGCUUUUGCUUCCACAAAGGUUCUUGAAGUGGUGAACAAAUUACCAUCCAAAAUUUCUCUCUGUGAAGUUCCUCGCUUGAGCACAUGGCCUUCACAGUUUCAUCAAGGUGGUGCUAAAGAAAAUAAUAUCGCACUUUACUUCUUUGCCCAAGAUGUUGAAAGUCAUGAGAAACACUAUGGCGUUCUUUUGGAUCACAUGAUGAGGAAUGACUUGGCACUUAAAGGAAUCUUUGAUGGUGUUGAACUGCUCAUAUUCCCAUCCAAUCAGCUUCCUGAAAAAUCACAGCGUUGGAAUAUGUUGUUUUUCUUAUGGGGUGUGUUUAGGGGAAGAAGGAUAAAUCAUUCAGAUUCUGCGGAAAAGACUUGUAUUCCUGCCUCGAGUAUGAUGCCAGUGAAAAAGGAUUUUCCCACUGCCAUUAUGACUUUGUCUGAGGUCCACUGCUCACCAAAGCGAAUGGAUGAACAGUCAAUUGCUGCGGAUAUGGCAUGUAUGGUUCUACCAUCUAGUUCCCUAGACCAGAAUCGCGCUCCAGUUGGUAGGGAUGUUGAUGUAAAAGAAUCUAAUAUUGACCAGACACACUCAGGCUCACAAGUAAACUUAGAGGAGCAAGAUGGUAAAAUUGACACCAAACCUACAUCAAGCAGUCUGGCUAGUGGUACACAUUUCAGUCAAGAGUUGAAAUCUACUGGCUCAUAUAUGAAAGGUAGCCCACUGGAAUGUGGACCAGAAAAGGAGUCUGAAUCUUCUCCUGAAGCAAUGGGAGCAAAUGUUACGAAUAUGAUUAUGGAAACUGAAGUUGAUCCGGGUAUAUCCGUUAACGAAGAGAAGUCUUUGCCUUCAGGGAUUCCUUCUCUUGGCUCUCAAGAGAUAUGUGUUGCAACCACUGCCAGUGAGGACAGAUUUUCUGAGAGAAUGGCAGGUGAUAGCAACCAACAAAGGCGUAAAAAGCAACAAAAAGAUGAUCAGUAUAUUGACUUUGAGACUCUUCAGGCAGAGCCAACUGUAGAAGGGGUGAAGCUUCAGCAGCCUAAUGAUGAAAGGUUUCGGCACAUUGAUCUAAUGGACACUGCUAUGCAGACUUCUGCAGUUACUUGCAAGAGACUUUGGAGCGAGGCAGACGUCAAAUUGGAAGAUGGAGAAAAUUCUAGCAAGAAGCUGAAAACAGAUGAUUGUGGAGCUUAUGGAUGUAGCAGUUCUGGAGGUAGAGAUUCUUAUGGGAACAGUUUUGCGUCACAUGCAAAUGAUCUUGGUACCGGCUCUUCAAUUAAGGACAAAGGAUGUGAUGAAAUCUGUGAUGAGAAAAUCAUCCUGGAAGACUCGGGAACAAUGGAAAGAACUUUCUUUCCAGUUGAUGCGCAUGACGUUAAUGAUUCUCAUUUGGGUCCAAAUAGCUCGUCGUUGAAAGGGCCUCAUGUGUAUGACGAUCAAUUUCAUGACGAGAUACCAAAUUUAGAACUUGCUUUAGGGGGUGAAAUGAAACCAACACAUAAAGGAAUGCUGCCUUUCCUUGCUGGGGAAAUAGAGAAGAAGCAUUGUCAGGAAAAGCCUCCAGAUUGCUUGGCAGAUGAGCAAGAGGAUGAUGGUGUUGCGGCAUCUCUCUCUCUUUCAUUAUCAUUUCCAUCGGUUAACAAAGAACGCGUUAAAACUGUUACAAAAGCAGAGCAGCUUUUGCCUGAUGGGCGCCAUGUGAAUACCUCGUUGCUCCUUUUUGGGAAAUUUGCGCACAAAUAAAUCUGCUGGUAAUUUAAUCAUGUACAUUACCCCUCCCUAGAUGCUGCGUUAAAGCUACAGCCUACAGCCCAUUGUGAAAUGAUAAUAUUCGCCAGCAAGAUUUGAUAAGUUUUUCACUUUUGUUUUGAUACAUGUUUUGUAUUAGGUUUUUGGUUUCAAAAUAUGCACAGUUAACGGCUGUUUGUAUAUAGUGAGAAUUCAAGCCGAUACAAUAUCAAAAUGUUUCUAGGAAUCUACCGCGGAGCACUCUUUGCCCUGGA